GCUAGCUAGUUUGUUUCCUAGCUGUUUGCAAACAUGGCUGGAGACCUGCGAGGCUUUGCGCUGGAGAAAGCCGAGCUGCUUUCCAGUCGUCUGAAAGAGCUCCUGUCCUCUGGAGAAGAGUAUGUCCGGGCUCAGUUUGGGGUGGAUUUGGGUCUGAAGCCGGAGCUGUACCCGACCUGGGUCAUCCUGCUGAGCACGGCCGUGGUGGGGCUGCUGCUGGCGGCCAUCUGCGGAGCUCUGCUGGCCGGGAAGAAGCGCGGAGGCUCCGGCAGCAGAGGAGGCAGUGAGCACGAAAAGGCCCAUGCAACCAAAACUGCCAAACCAGAAGAACAAAAGAAGAGGAGCAGAAAGAAAACCCAGGAAAAGAAGACUCAAUCCAAUGGACAACCAGUGACCGUGGCUCAAGAGGAAGUUAAAGUCACUGAGGUGGUUUCCAAAUUGUCCCCCCAGAUCAAAACUGAGAAGGUGCGCGAGGUACAGUCACCGGUGCAGGUGAAAAAGAACAAGAAGAAAACCAAGACAGAUUUGAAACCGGCCCAGAGUGUGUCUACCAACAAUGGGAAGGAACCUGAUGAUGGUGCAUGGGAGACUAAAGUCAGUAACCGGGAGAGGAAGCAGCAGCGCAGGAAGGACAAGGGCCCUGAGGACUCCGGUAGCCCAGGAAGUGUGGAGACCCCCAAGACCCGUGGGGAGUCACCUGCAGCCACAGUGCCCACCAAUACUAAGAAGAACAGAGGAAGCCAUGAGUCCCUGCAUUCAAGAUCAGCUGGUAAAGUGGACUCCCAGCCCCCCAGCAGGAGAGAGGAGCCUUCAGUCAACGGUGGACGGUGGACCGACAUUUCCUUGAAGAUACCCGGUCAGAUGGGGACUAUGGAGGGGACUAAGUGGAGUGCCAUCCACACAAAUACACAUUACAGGACCCAACCUGAACCCCAGUCCUGGGGACAGGAGACUCAAGCAGCAUGGAGUGGCAUCAAUGGCAGAAGUAAGACUGAAAUCAACCCUGCGUCGUUCUCCAUGCUGGGACUAAACACCACAGAUUCAGUAUCAAAUUCAGUUGGGCUUCAGUGGACGAGACACCCAGAAGUUGAUGAUGAAUGGUCUGGAUUCAAUGGGGUUUCAGCAGUGGACCCCAGCUCCGACUGGAAUGCCCCAUCGGAGCACUGGGGAAACUAUGAAGAGCCUCCCAUGUUGGCGACACCAGCCCCUGCCCUGAAGGAGCAGCCCGCCCCCAGCAAGGUAUCAGAGGAUGAGAAGGACACAGAGGAUCCUGCCGGGGGGGCAGCCAAAUCCAAGAAGAGGAGAAGAAAGAAAAAGAAAACAGAAGAAGAGGCUGCAUCUGAGGCUCUGACGGCGAGCACCGUGCCCCAAGAGCUUCCUGCACCAGCCUCCAAAAAGCAGAAUCCCAGCAUAUCCUCCUCUCAGAAGAAGUCUGAGCAGGUUGUGGAGCCUCCGAAGCCGUCCCAAAAGAAAAAGGUCCGAAGGGAAACAUGAAGUCACAUCACAGGUCUACACAAAACUUAUGCAAAUGAUUGUUAAAAGUGUCACAUGCAAUAAUUACCAGGUACAGUUUAGUUCUGAGAUACGUUAACAGUUUAUCAGUUACCGGAAGAAAAAAGAAAAAGAAAACAAGCAGCGGAUAUCAACCUGCUUGACUAAAUAAAACAAUGAAAUGUGGUCCUAUGGACUUAAAUCUUACCUAAUUUGCACUAUUUGCUACACUGCAAACAAGAGUGGAGUUUCAGGAGAGCAGUGGAGGUACAUGUUUAUGUUCAUAUUUUAAAUGGCAUCAAAAGGGUUUUUUUCCCUCCAAGAGUUGUUUUUUUCAUCAAUUUUAACCCAAAAAAAGAAAACGGGUUUUAUUCAUUUUUAUUUUUUGCUAUAAGAAAAUUUUAAUUUCCAAGAAAAAUGCAUAUUUUUGCUGCCCCAGAAUGUUGCACUUUGUUUUGUUUACAAUGCUGCCGGCCGUCCUGAUAUGAAUUACUGAAAUGUGUAAGAGCACGCUGCAUAUGAGUGCUGGUCUCAGAUCAGUUCACACAACACUCACAUACCAUAUGUACACUCAAGGCUGUGAAAUGAUGGUCAUAGAGCAACUGUAAUGUAAAAAAUGAGGGGAAAAAUCUAAAAUCCUGGUUUUGUGCAAAAAUGUACUCUGAAGUCUUUUUUCUUCCCUCUUUGUGUUUCCCCGCUGAGCUGUGGCGGAAGAAUACAUCCCAAUAGUCACAUGUAGAUUUGUUGCUGGGACAAAACAUCUGCGAUAACCUACAUGUGACUGUCAAGACAAAUAUGUCAGACUUCCGAGGCCUCGUUUCAGUUUCAGUUGAACUUCAAAAUCCGUUUUUGCUUGACACAGUGACUUUAUAUCUUUUUAUAUUUGUGCCACAUUUCUUCCGGUGUAGUCGCUCUGUGAAGAUAUCAUCGCACAGCCUCGAUGGACAAACUGUUCUUAUGACAUAUGAGUGUAAAAUAGACUCAAACUUAACAGUACAAACACUCAACAUCAAACAUUUACUUCCUGUUGGCCCCUUUAUGAGGAAUGACAGCUGUGGUUAGACUGAAGUACGUGUCAAUAACAGUGAUGACAAGGUUCCACCACAGAGAACAAGGUGUCCUCCUUACAACCUUUACUGCUGUGAAAUCCACCUUCCUGCUUUCUAUCUAUACGAUCACAUGCUCCAAACAUUCAUAGUUUUGCCAACAUAUUGAUCCUCUUGAGUUUCAGAGCUUAUUUAGCCAUAUUUUGUUGAAACUGUGACAAUAGAAACUUUGGGUUUACAGAUGAACAGCAGAAAAGUUUAUUUUGGAUGAGAUGAAUUUUUUUUCACAGCUACAUUUGGAUUUUAGACAUAAAAAAUCCUGAUCCUGGACUCACACUGGGGGCUGUUGAUAUGUUACGUAGGGAGCGCAGUAACAGAGUUGGACCACCAGGAGGUGCUGUAAUGUGAAGUUAAGCAGCAGUGGGAAUGCAGUAGCACAUUUUAAGUAUUGCCCCCUUGACUUUUAUCUGUCUGAGUAUGUUUCUUCUUGUCAGACUAGACUGUGCAUUGAUUUUUCUAGAGACAUUUAUGGUUCCUUCUGCACUCUACAUGAUUUAAAAAAAAAACCUUUUCUCUCUUUUUUUCUUGUGCUAGAAAAAGCCAUGCCAUUAUGUACAGAUUGUAAGGGCUUUUUUCCAGUUCUGUGAUUGCACUGUGCAAAAGGCUGUAUUGAGUUCCUUUUUUUUGAUGUAGAUGAAUUGUUUUUUCUACCUUUUUGCUGAAUGUUAAACGUGUACCUUUUGGUUUGUGACUGACUUCCAGGAUUUAUGAUGGAGGAAAAAAAAGUUGUUUUGGACAUAAAUUGAGAUUGAAGACAUACAUAGAGACAGAUAUUUGAGCAGCUUUAAAUUCCACGUCCGUUGGUUUUUGAACAACACAUACACACACACACACACACACAUAGUAUAAUACAACAGGAAUUUAAUUGACUCAAAGUUUUUACAAUUAAUUCCAUUGCCUUAACCUGUAGUUGUAUAGACAGUGCAUUUGCGAACCUUUUUUAUAGUUUUCAUCUAAUUGCAAGUUUUGAUGUCAGAAUUAAUUUCAUCUUGCAUGACUUUGAUAAUAGUACUUUGUGUACAUGAAAUUAAAACGAGCGAUCUCUUGCUUUAACUGUUAGUACUUGGUCCUGGAGUACCACUCAAUGUAUAUAUACUGUGAUCGGAGACAUAUUGCAGUUUUUCUGUGGGGCAGCCGAUUGAGUGGAGACAAAUAGGACUGUUGUUGGUCGGCUAAUGAGCCUUAUUAAUGCAUCACGGUGUUGAUCAGCUGGUGAUGGUACAUAGUUGUUGGUAGACCUGAUAGAUCAUAAAGAACAAAAAUGAAAUGUUGCUGUUGCAGCAGACGCCUUUUUUUUCCUCAUUUGAUUUUUACUGAUGAUUUAAGAUGAUUUCAAUCAAUGUAUUUAUAUACUGUGUCACUAGGAAAUGGUUUUGUGAAUGAUUUUCUUUAUUGGGGAGAUUCAAAUGAUAUUUCUAUGUUGAAAAUGAAAAAUAAAUAAGAAAUGCUUGAUAUCA